AUGGCUCGCACCAGACAAACUGCUCGGGCUCGUCCAGUAUUUCUGCCACCAUCAUCAUCGUCGGAGGAGAAGACUGUUCAUAUUCACCUAGUCGAUUACACGGUGCCCAAGUUUAUCAUUCACUAUAGCAACAAUGACGAACUCAGAGAAGCUCUACAAAAAAGACUGAAAGGACUGAAGCUUGCAUUUGCUGUAGUUCCCGAGCCUGGUCUGGGUUAUGAACCCAGAGGAGUGAAAGACAUAGAGGGAUUGAUCGCUGAGAUGGACACUGGCAUCACAUCUCCGAUCUAUGUGAAGCUAUGGUGCGCACCAGCUGAGACUCACGCUAAAUAUGGAAAGAAGCAAGGCAUCGCUCAUCAGCCAAGAAUUCGAUCGCUUUCACCAAAUCGCAGGCAUAUUCAUGGCUCUAAAUCUUCUCAAAGCUACCCACGAUUUCCUUGCUGCAGCCCGGCACCAUGGCUACCAUGCUGGUGUUGCUGGGAAGAAGCUGAAUUUUCAUCAGCCAUGUCUCAGCCAAACUGUUAUUGUCAGCGUACACAAAAUCAUUGCUGCAACUGUACAUACAAGGGAGAUUAUUAUGAAGACCAGAUGUUCAUAUGA